AUGCUGAGCCGAUUAUCUGGAUUAGCAAAUGUUGUUUUGCAUGAAUUGUCAGGAGAUGACACUGACCGGAACUUGUCAGCUCCCUCAGAAGCCGUGAGUACCUCUGAAUUACCCCAGGCAUCUGACAUGGAGUUCAAUGACAGCACACAGGAGGAUGCUCUGGAGCGCCUGGCCGAUGCCGAGAAGUUAGUGGUGGAGCUAAAAGAUAUUAUUAGACAGAAGGAUGUUCAACUCCAGGAGAAGGAGGAGGCUCUGCAGGAGGAAAGAAAAUCUGCUGAAAACAAAAUUAAGAAAAUAAAACUUCACGCAAAGGCCAAGCUCACGUCCUUGAACAAACACAUAGAAGAGAUGAAGGCACAAGGAGGGUCCUCCUCUCCCACAGAACCCCAGGCAGAGGAGCUGCUCCCCAAGGAUAAGAGUUCUACAGAAGAGGAGAUGAACUUAGAGGAAAUAAAACAUGAACUCCAGGAGAAGGAGAAAUUAAUUAGCAAUUUGCAAGCCCAGCUGGAGCAGGCACAGUCAGAACAAGCCUUACAGUUGGAGAAGAGUUCUGCAAAGAUGGAGGACUUGGUCCUGAUGAAGCAGCAGCUCCAGGAAAAGGAAGAACUCAUUAGCACUUUGCAAGCCCAGCUCAGCCAGACACAGGCAGAGCAAGCUGCCCAGUUGAGUUCCAUGCAGCAGGUGGUCCGAGAGAAAGACGCCCGCUUUGAAACACAGGUCCGUCUCCACGAAGAUGAGCUGCGUCAGUUAGUAACCCAGUCAGAGGUGGAGACAGAGAUGCAGCAGAAGUUGAGGGUGAUGCAGAGGAAGUUGGAUGAGCACGAAGAAUCCUUGCUGGGCCGAGCUCAGGUUGUGGACCUGCUGCAGCGUGAGCUGACGACGGCUGAACAGAGGAGCCAGGCUCUUUCACAACAAUUACAGCUGUUGGAAGCUGAGCAUAGUACUUUAAGGAGCAACAUGGAAACGGAAAGACAGGAGUCCAAGGUCCUGAUUGACAAGUUAGAACUGGAAGUGGCAGAGAGGAAGCUAUCCUUCCAUAAGCUGCAGGAAGAGAUGCACCAGCUCGAGAGAGAGCUGCAGCAAGCCGGCCAAGCCCAGGCUGACCUGGAAGCCCAGUACAACGCUCUGGAGCAAAGGCAUAAAGCAGAAAUGGAAGAGAAGACGGCUUACAUUUUGACUCUUGAGAAGACCGAGCAAGAGCUGCAGUCGGCCUGUGACGCUCUGAAGGAGGACAAGUCGAAGCUGCUGCAGGAAAAGAACGAGCAGGCUGCCGAGUCAGCCCAGGCCGUGCAGCAGCUGCAAGAUCAACUCCAGCAAAAAUCUGAAGAACUUAGCCAAUUUGUAAAUCAGCCAAACUUGCAACAGCAUGAGACAGCAUCUCAGACUUCUUUACCAGAUGUUGAUAAUGAGGGCAUACAGGUGGUCACGGCGGAGGACAUCACCUCCUUGCAGAGGAGAGUGGGAGAGCUCGAGAACGAGAAGGCAGCCUUGCUCCUUGGUUCUGUAGAGCUGGAGGGGCUGAAAGCUGAGAACGAAAAACUCUCUUCUCGGAUUACUCUUCUGGAGGCUCAGAAUAGAGCAGGGGAGGCUGAUAGCACAGUCUGUGAGGUCAGCACUGCUGGUGUUACUCUGCUCAACCAGACUGAUUCUGGUACUGAAGAAAGAGGGCAGGAUGUCCUAGAGAACACAUUUUCUCAGAAGCACAAAGAACUAUCAGUUUUAUUAGUGGAAAUGAAAGAAGCCCAGGAGGAAAUCGCAUUUCUUAAGUCCCAGCUGCAGGGCAAGAGGCCUGAGAGGUACUAUGAGGUCCUCGACCAGAAAGAAGGGGAGCUGAUGGGGAGUGAAGGACUGCCCUCCGUGGCAGCAGGAGAGGCGAGUGAGGAGAGCUGCGUCCCAACAGUUGGAAAAGAGGAACAGGUGAGCCCUGAAGAUCGGCUGCAAACAUCUGAGGCAGGAUCUCCAAAUAGCUCUGGAAUGUCCCCAAAGCUGGACAGUGUGGACAGAUACCCUGUACCAGAUAUCUGUCAGUGUCACCAGGGUGAAUUGGAAACGCUUAAAACUCAAGUCGUGGAGCUUGAGAGAAGCCUUCAUAAGGCAGAAGAAAUGUACGAGAAAAAUUUAGAUGAGAAAGCUCAGGAAAUUAGCAGCCUGACCCAGCUUAUCGAAGACCUUAAGAAGAGUGCUGAGGCUUCCCAUAGCACUCUCACUGCUUUGUCUGAAGAAAGAGACCAGCUGCUUUCCCGCCUGGAGGAGCUUGACGUCUUAGUAGAGCUGAGGGCUCAGGUCCAAGCCCUGGAGACCAGCCUCGCUGACGCAGAGAAGCAAAGAGCUCUGGACUAUGAAAGCCAGAGGACUCAGCAGCACGUGCUCACGGAGCAGAUCCACAGCCUGAGCAUAGAAGCCAGGUCUAAGGAGGUGAAGAUCGAAGCUCUGCAGAGGGAGCUGGAUGCUGUGCAGCUGCGGUUCUCCGAGCAGGGCGCCCAGGUCAAGAGCCUGCAGAGCCAGCUGCAGAAGAAGGAAGGCGAGGUGUCGGCAGGGGCAGAGCGCGUGAAGGACAUCUCCAACGAGAUGGAAGGACUGUCGCAAGCUCUGUCACAGAAGGAACUAGAAAUAGCCAGGAUGAACCAGCUCUUGCUGGAGAAAAGGAGAGACGUGGAGACACUCCAGCAAACCAUCCAGGAGAAGGACCAGCAAGUGACAGAGCUUAGCUUCAGCAUGACAGAGAAGGUAGUUCAGCUUAACGAAGAGAAGUUCUCCCUUGGCGUUGAGAUUAAGACUCUGAAGGAGCAGCUCAACUUACUGUCCAGAGCUGAGGAGGCAAAGAAAGAGCAGGUAGAGGAUCAGGAAGCUGUCUCCAGCCUUAAACACAGCCAGGACGAGUCGAGCCCCGAGGGGCUGCUGAGCAAAGAGGGCCUGCAGCAGGAGCUGGAGCGCCUGAGGAGAGAGAGUGAGCAGACCAAGCGGAAACUCCAGGCAGCGCUGAUUAACAGAAAGCAGCUGCUCCAGAGAGUUAGCGCACUGGAGGAAGAGUUAGCCCAGGCGAGAGAGGAGCCUAGCAGGGAGACUCCACCUGCGGAGAGUGAGAGGAGAAAGCUGGAGGAAGACAGAGAGAACAAAGAUGACCCAGAAAAGUGUGGGGCUUCUAAGUGGCAAGAAAUAGAAGUUUCUUUAAAGCAGACAAUAUCUGAGAAAGAAGUGGAACUAGAGCAUGUAAGGAGAGAUUUGAAAGAAAAGACGGCAGUGGAAGAAGAAUUACAGGCUCUGGUCCAGCAGAUGAAGCAGAACUUGCAGGAUAAGGCAAAGCAAAUAGAUUUGCUUCAGUCAGAGAUCACUGAAAACCAAGCAACUAUUGAGAAAUUAACCACAGGUGCCAAGGAUGCUGGGGAUGGAGGCUCUGCAGCGCCUGUGGUGAGCAGCCCGCCCAGUGCAGGCGGCGGGGAACACGGGAAGCCAGAGUUGGAGGGAAAGAUACUAGACCUUGAAAAAGAAAAGGAACAACUUCAAAAGAAGCUUCAAGAAGCCUUAACUUCCCGAAAGGCGAUUUUAAAAAAGACACAAGAGAAAGAGAAACAUCUCAAGGAUGCGCUCGAGGGGCAGAAGGCUGCUUGCCGUCGCCUCCAGGAGCAGCUUGAUGAGCAGAGGAAGGAAAACGAGAACACUGGGGACCAGCUACGGCAGUGCCAGAUGCACACCCAGGAGUCUGCAGACAGACAGCUCCCCAGCGCUGACCAGCAGGAACCUGCUCUUCCCACUCAAGGUUUAGGAGUUUCUCUGGAAGAUGCAGAACAGCAGCUCACCCAGCCUACUUCAGAGCCCGGCUUACACGCAGCUCGUCCUCCUCACCCCAGAGAGACAGACCCUCUGCAGGCUCCUGUUUCUGUUGCCCAGCUUGAGGCCCAGCUGAAAGAAAUGGAGGUUGAGAAAGAGGAGCUGGAAUUGAAAGUUAGUUCUAUAGCAAGUGAGCUGACUAAAAAGUCAGAGGAAGUAUUCCUGUUACAAGAGCAGACAAGUAAACAGGCUCUGGAAAUCGAGAAUUUAACGGCAGCAUCCCACGAAGCUGAGGCCCACGCAGAAAGGCUGAAGCAGGAAUUGGAAAGCAGCCAGUUGGAAAUUGCUGGCCUGGAACACCUGAAAACGUUACAGUCUGAGCUGGGUGACCUGCAAAAGCGCAUGAGCCAGAAGGAAGACGAGGUCAGCCAUCUCGCUGGACAGCUUAGUGAGAAAGAGCAGACCCUCUGCACAGUACAGUCGGAGAUGGCGGAGCAGGAGCGCUUAAUCAAGGCUCUGUACACACAGCUGGAAGUGCAGGCCAAGGAGCACGAGGAGAGGCUGCAGCAGGCCCAGCUGGAGCUGUGUGAACUGAAGCAGAAGCCGGAAGAGACUGAGGAGGAGACUAAAGCCAAGCUCCAGAUGCAGAGGAAACUGCAGGCCGCCCUCAUCUCCCGGAAAGAGGCGCUCAGAGAAAACAAGAAUCUGCAGGAGGAGUUGUCUGCAGCCAGGGAUGCUGUUGAACGCCUGACCCAGUCGCUGGCCGCGGGGGAAAGCCAGGUCUCUGCUCAGAGUAAAGAGAAAGAUGCACUCCUAGGGAAGUUAGCCCUCCUUCGGGAAGAAAGAGACAAACUCAUUGUGGAAAUGGACAGGUCUUUGCUGGAAAAUCAGAGCCUUGGUGGCUCCUGUGAAAGCCUGAAGCUGGCCCUGGAGGGUCUCACUGAGGACAAGGAAAAGCUGGUGAAGGAGCUUGAAUCCCUGAGGAGUUCCAGGGCUGCCGAGAGCGCCGAUUGGCAAGGGAAGCACGAGGAGCUGCAGAAGGAGUACGAAGUUCUUCUGCAGUCCUAUGAGAACGUGAGCGACGAGGCGCAGAGGGUGCAGCAGGUGCUGGAAAGCGUGAGGCAGAGCAAGCAAGAGCUCUAUGGAAAGUUAAGAAGCGCCGAGACAGCCAAGAGGGGCACAGAGCAGCGGCUGCUGGAUGCGGAGCAGGAGAUGGAGGAGAUGAAGGAAAAGAUGAGGAAGUUUGCCAAGUCUAAGCAACAGAAGAUCCUUGAGCUGGAGGAGGAGAACGAGCGGCUUAGAGCAGAGGCCCAGCCUGGAGGAGCAGCCAAAGAAAGCACGGAAGCCCUUCUUUCUUCCAACUCCAGCCUGAAAGAGGAGCUAGAAAGGGUCAGACUGGAGUAUCAAGCCCUUUCUCAGCAGUCCAAGGCUUUAAUGGCGGAGAAAGACAUUCUGAGCGAAGAGAUCCGAGACCUAAAGCGUCAGGUAGAAGACCGCGUACUGAAACCAGCUAGCCCAGAGGCCACGGAGAACCCGGAUGAGCGAAAGAAUGCCAUUGAGGAUGCACCACAAGCUGUGGUGAGCAAGUCUCCAGAGCAGGAUUCUCUGUGUGUGAGCACUAAGCUUGAAGAUGCGGAGGCCAUCCCGUCAGCUCCCAGCCCCAGGUCUGGCACCAGUGGGCCGUUGAGCUCACAGGAUGACCUCUGUAACCACCUGCAACAGCUCGAUCAGCUUAAGGGAAGAAUUGCUGACUUAGAGCUAGAGACACAGAAAGACAAGGAGCUUCACCAGACUUUAGAAAGUGAGAAAAAUGCCCUACUUGGUCAGCUGUCUGCAAAGGAUAGGGAACUAAAGGUGCUCGAAGAAGAAGUCGCCAAAGUAAACCUGUUAAACCAGCAAAUCCAAGACGAACUCUCCAGAGUUACCAAGCUCAAAGAGACAGCAGAGGAGGAGAAGGAUGACUUGGAGGAGAGGCUGAUGAAUCAGCUGGCGGAACUUAAUGGGAGCAUCGGCAACUAUUACCAGGAUGUUACGGAUGCCCAGAUAAAAAACGAGCAACUAGAAUCUGAAAUGCAGAACCUUAAAAAGUGUGUGAGUGAUUUGGAAGAGGAAAAACAGCGGCUGGUCAAGGAAAAAAGCCAGGUGGAGUCUGAAAUCCGAAAGGAGUGUAUGGAGAAGAUGCAGGGAGCACAGAAAGGGCCUGGCAGCAAGAGCCACGCCAAGGAGCUCCAGGAGCUGUUGAAGGAAAAACAGCAAGAGGUGCGGCAGCUGCAGCAGGACUGCAUCCGGUACCAAGAGAGGAUCAGCGCUCUGGAGAAGACUAUCAAGGCCUUAGAGUUUGUUCAGACCGAAUCCCAAAAAGAUCUGGACGUAACGAAAGGCGAUCUGGAGCAGGCGGUAGAACACCGCAAAAAGGCGCAAGCGGAAUUAUCCAGCUUCAAAGUACUGCUCGAUGACACCCAGAGUGAAGCCGCGAGGGUGCUAGCGGACAACCUGAAGUUGAAAAGGGAACUUCAGGCCAACAACGAGUCCAUCAAGAGCCAGAUGAGACAGAAAGACGAAGAUCUCCUUCGAAGGCUGGAGCAGGCAGAAGAGAAGCGGCUGAAAGAGCAGAAGGGCAUGCAGGAGGAGCUGGAGGCUCUGCACAGAGAAAAGGCCCGCGUGGAGGAGGCGCUGGCAGACACGCGGGCCACGCUGAGCCGCAAAGACAAGGACACGAAGCAGCUGCGGGACACCUUGGACAGCACUGUGGCCCAGCUGGCCGCCUUCACCAAGAGCAUGUCGUCCCUCCAGGAUGACCGCGACAGGGUCAUCGAUGAAGCUAAGAAAUGGGAGCAGAAGUUUGGUGAUGCCAUUCAAACCAAAGAGGAAGAAAUCAGACUCAAGGAGGAAAACUGCGUGGUUCUGAAGGACCAGCUUCGACAAAUGACCAUCCACGUAGAGGAAUUGAAGAUUAACAUCUCCAGGCUUGAGCAUGACAAGGAAAUGUGGGAGUCCAAGGCCCAGACAGAGCUCCAGCAUCAACAGAAGGUUUGCGAGAACCUGCAGGGGAAAAACAAAGAACUGAUGGCCCAGUUAGAGGAAACCCGACACCUAUACCACAGUUCUACAGAGGAGUUAACUAAGUUGGAAUCAGAACUGAAGAGUCUCAAAGAGCAGUCAGCUGACUUAAGUGACUCUUUAGAAGAAUGUAAAUCACAUAAAGAAACCCUGGAAGAGAUCAUAAAGCAACGAGAAGCUGCCAUCCAGGACUGUAAGUUCAGUUCUGAGCAACUGGAGAGUGAUCUGAGGGCCUCCAGGGAGCUGACCAGUAGGCUGCACGAUGAAGUCAACGAGAAGGAGCAGAAGAUUCUAAGCCUGCUCUCUGGCAAGGAAGAGGCCGUCCAGGUAGCUGUUGCCGAACUGCAGCAGCAACACAGGAAAGAGAUCAAGGAACUAGAAAAUCUCUUGUCCCAGGAGGAAGAGGAGAACGCUGCCUUAGAAGAUGAAAACAAAAAGGCUGUUGAGAAGACCAACCAGCUCACGGAAGCGCUCGAAAACGUCAGAAAGGAGAGCCUCGAGCAGAAGGCUCAGUUGGAUUCCUUCGUUAAGUCUAUGUCCUCCCUCCAGAGUGACCGAGAGCGCGUACUGAGUGACUACCAGCAGCUGGAAGCGCGGCAUCUCUCUGUCAUCUUGGAAAAAGACCAGCUCAUCCAAGAUGCAGCCGCAGAGAUCAAUAAACUGAGGGAAGAGAUCCGAGGGCUGCGGGGCCACAUGGAUGACCUCAACUCCGAGAACGCCAAGCUGGAUGCCGAACUGCUCCAGUACAGGCAAGACCUGAAGGAGGUGAUCGCCAUCAAGGACUGCCAGCAGAAGCAACUCCUGGAGGCUCAACUACAGCAAAACCAGGAGUUGAGAGAUGAGUGUGCAGACUUAGAAGAAAAGCUGAAGGGGGCAGAAGCAGCAAAGCAGAGCCUGCAGAGGUGCUCUGAUGCCCUCCACGCAGAGAAGCAGGGUCUGUCUAAAGAGGUGGAGUACUUGAAGAGACAGUUGACAGCCUUGCAGGAAGAAGGUCCCCUAGGUGUCUGCCAUGCCCAACUGACAGUAAAGGAAGAGGAGGUUCAGAGGUUAAAUAUGGCGCUCUCCUCUCAGGAGAAGAGAAGGGCAGCUCUGGAAGAGGAGUUAGCGUGUGUUCAGAAGGACGCUGCCAGGAAGGUCAGUGAGAUUGAGGACAAGCUGAGGAAGGAGCUGAAGCACCUCCAUCAUGACGCAGGGAUCCUGCGAAACGAAACAGAAACAGCAGAGGAGAGGGUGGCCGAGCUGGCGAGAGACCUGGUCGAGAUGGAGCAGAAGCUGCUUGUGGUAACCAAAGAGAAGAAAGAGCUCACGGCGCAGAUUCAGUCUUUCGGAAGGGCAAUGAGCUCCUUGCAGGACAGCAGAGACCGCGCCACCGAGGAGCUCGGGGGCCUGAAGAAGAAGUACGAAGCCAGCCUGAAGGAGCUGGCCCAGCUGAAAGGGCAGGAGGACGUAAGCAGCGAGAGGGGCGUCCUCUCCCAGGCUGCCUUGCCCCAGGCCGCUGCCGAGAACGGUGUGUCCCACCUCGGCAAACUGAACCAGCAGCUCAUGUCCAAUGAUGAGCAGUUGCUUCACUUAUCGUCACAGCCAGGAGAGCCUCACGACCAAAUGCAGUCCUUUGCCAAGGCCAUGGCCAGGCUACAGGAGGAGCGAGAUCACCUGUGGAGUGAGCUGGAGAAAGUCCGCAAGUCCGAGGAAGGGAAGCAGAGGGCUACAGCCCCUUCACCUGCCUCCAGCCCCGCGGAAGUACAGAGCUUGAAAAAAGCCAUGUCCUCACUCCAGAACGACAGGGAUCGACUACUGAAGGAGUUGAAGAAUCUGCAGCAGCAGUAUCUACAGAUGAACCAAGAGGUCACAGAGCUACGGCCACUGAGAGCUCAGCUUCAGGAGUGUCAGGAUCAGACGAAAGCACUGCAGAUGAUGAAGGAGGAGCUGAGGCAGGAGAGCCUCUCCUGGCAGCGGGAGCUGCAUCAGCUCAGAAUGGAGAAGAAUUCCUGGGAAGCGCAUGAGAGGAGGAUGAAGGAGCAGUACCUCAUGGCCAUCUCAGAUAAAGAUCAGCAGCUCGGGCAUCUCCAGAGUGUCCUGAGGGAGCUGAGGUCUUCCCCUCAGACUCAGCUUCUCCCAGCACAGUACCAGCGACAGGCAUCCCCAGAGACAUCAGCGUCCCUCGAUGGGUCCCAAAACCUAGUUUAUGAGACAGAACUUCUCAGGAUCCAGCUCAACGACAGCUUAAAGGAAAUUCACCAGAAGGAACUAAGAAUUCAGCAGCUGAACAGCAAGUUCUCUCAGUUGCUGGAGGAGAAGAAUACCCUGUCAAUCCAGCUGAGCGAUGCGAGCCAGAGUCUCCGUGAGAACCAGCACCACUACAGUAGCCUCUUGAAGCACUGCGCUGUCCUGGAGAAGCAGGCGCAGGAGCUGCAGGCGGGGCCGCAAAAUGCAAACGUUGCUCCAGGAGCACCCCAGGAAAAGAAUGGAAUUCACAGAAAGAGUGAUCCUGAGGCCACAAGGGAGCAACAAACAAGUUUUUCUGAAGCCCAGCAGCAGCUGUGCAGCACUAAACAAGAAGUGAGUGAGUUAAAGAAGCUGCUGGAUGAAGAAAGAGACCAAAGACUGAGUGCAGAGAACGCGCUCUCCCUGGCUAAGGAGCAGAUCAGACGGUUAGAGCAGAGUGAGUGGGAUUCGGCCCGGACUCCUAUCAUUGGCGCCUGUGGGUCUCAGGAGCAAGCACUGCUGAUAGACCUCCCAGGCAACAGCUGCCGAAGGACCCGGAGUGGUGCUGGAUGGAAGCGGGUUCUGCGUUCACUUUGCCAUUCCCGGACCCGAGUGCCACUGCUCGCAGCCAUCUACUUCCUUAUGGUUCAUGUUCUACUUGUUCUGUGUUUCACGGGUCACCUAUAAACUUGUCUCAGAAUCUGUCAUCCUUCAUCUCUAACGUCAGAAUUGUCAGUUCCAGAACAGCCCUUCCCACUUUUGGCCAAUCCACCUGUCCUUGGAAAGUGCCUGUGAAAACAGAGGUGGCCACGGAGACAGGUUGGACCAGGAAGGUCGGCAGCAUCCGCUCUCAUUAAACACCUCUGCCUGGUCUGAGCAGCUUCACAGAUGUGCUGUGCACAGGGCUUCAUCACA